AUGAUUGUAUUCUUGGGAUAUCUGCUUCAUUUUCUCUUCAUUAAAUUAUUUCCUAGUCGUGCAUCAUCACGUACAGUUCGACAUAUAGAAGACACUGAUCUCCUAUGGCUGAAAAGUUUACCUUGUUCGGAUAAUGUUCGUUUGAUUUGGUGUGAUCCAAAUUUACAACGAGAAAAUGAUAUUCAAAACUGUUUAAAAGAAAUCGAUCGUAAUGCAUUGUUUAUCACCGAUGUAUCAUUAUGUCAGACUGUUGUUCAAGAAAUUCCUCGUAAUGAAUGUAAAUCCAUUUUUCUUAUUUUAUCGGGAUCAUUAGCAGAAGAAUUAUUACCACAUGUUACUUCCGAUGUUUAUACGAUUUUUAUUUUCUGUUUCGAUCAAACAAAUUAUUUACAUUUGAAAGAUCGUCCAAAAAUUGAUAUGAUUUCUGAUUCAUCGUCGAUGUUAAUUGAACGUAUUAAGGAAUGUUUGACUGCAGUUGAACAACGUUAUAGCAUGGAACAUAGACAAGAAUCAUUACGAAAUCUUUCCAAAGAAGGAGCUGCUUUUAUCUGGUUUCAUUGUUUACGAAAUGUCGUUCGUCGAUUCGAUAAAUCAGAUAGUGCAAAAGAAGAUAUGAUGAAACGCUUUCGCGAGUAUUUUAAAGAUAAUCCCAAACAGCUACGACGAUUAACCGAAUUUUCUCUCAAUUAUGAAGCUGACCAUUGUUUAUGGUGGUAUACGCAACCAGCUUUCAUAUCCGAUGUGCUUAAUAAAACGUUGCGUGCGUUCGACAUCGAUGGUUUGUUUGGUUUACGUUAUUGUAUAGCUGAUCUAUGUCAAUUGUUAGAAGAACAACCACGUUUAACAAGACCGUUGCUUGUUUAUCGAGCUGUUCUCAUGGACAGAGAAAAAUUUGAAGAAUUGACAAGGACUAUUAAUGUCAACGAUCUUAUAUCAAUGCGUGGAUUCUUAUCAACUUCAUCGAAAUUCGAUGUAGCAGAACGAUUCGGUUUGAAUGAUACUAAUGAUCCAAAGAAAGUCGAAGUUAUGUAUAAAAUUGAAGUACCACUUGGUUUGAACCAUAUUGUCUGCGCUGAUAUAGGAAUAUACAGUCAGUUCAGUCAGGAAGAAGAGAUUUUAUUCGAUCUCGAUUCAGCGUUCGAAUUCAUUGGAAUUAUUCAAGAUUCAACAAGGAUUGAUCGAUGGAUUAUUCAACUUCGAGCAACAGAUCGUGGUGCUGAUUUAGCCAAUAAAUAUAUAGCUGAUAGUAAUCGAGAAUUGGGAUUAUCGUCAGCCGAUACACUUUUCGGUAAAUUACUUAUGGACAUGGGAAAUGCUGAUAAAGCUAUUGAUUACUUUCAGUCAAUGUUAAACUCGUCAAGUGGCGAACAAACAGAUGUUUCAACCAUUCAAUCAAGGACUAAACGUAGUAUCGCUAUGAAUAACAUUGGUCAUGCAUGGUACUACAAAGGAGACUAUCAAAGAGCGCUUCACUGGUUUGAUUCAGCUCUGGAUACUCAACAACAGGAUCCCAAAUUAAUCAGUCAGAUUGCGAACACAAUAAACAACAAAGGCGUGUUGUAUAUGAUGAACGCUGAACAUACAUUAGCAUUUGAUGCAUUUGAACAAGCAGUUGAUAUCUAUUCUCAAUCGGAUAAUUAUGAAGGUUUGGCAGCAGCCUUUGAAAACGUGGGUACUAUCAAAGAUCAAAUAGGAGAAUAUGAGGAGGCGCUAGAAUUGUAUCGACGUGCAGACGAAGCAAUGCGUUUAGCUCACAUACACGAUCGUCAUCCGAUGAUUGCUGAAAAUAAGAUGAAAACUGCGAUUGUCUAUGUGAAGCAAGCACAAUGGGAAGAUGCUCUCAAUGUAUUAAAUGAAGUGAAAGACAUUCGACAAACUAUCUUACCACCUGCUCAUGUUGACUUGGGUCGAACUUGGUUUAUGAUCGGUAUUGUCUUACGAAAUCAACAGCGCUAUCAAGAAGCAUUUGAACAUUUCCAGCGAGCAUUAGCCAUCUACAUGAAAUCGUAUACCAGCGAACACCGAUAUAUUGCUGAUGUUUAUAAUUCGAUGGCUAAUUUGAAAAGUGUACAAGAUCAGUUCAAUGAAGCUCUUCCGCUCUACGAACAGGCUAAAGAACAUUUUCAAAAGUGUCAUCGUACUGAUGAACAUCAUGAUAUUGCUCGCGUACUCAAUAACAUGGGACAAGCACAUCGUCAUUUAGGAAAUUUAUCGGAAGCAAUCAAUUAUCUUGAGAAAGCAUUGCAUAUGCGUCAAAAAACAGUAGGAAUUGAACAUCCUGAUACAGCCACCACAUGGGCUAACUUAGGUCUGGCUCACAAAGCCAAUAAUGAUCUGAAGACUGCACUCGCAUGUGUUCAACAGGGUCUGAUCAUCCGACGAAGUAGAUUACGACCUAGCCAUGAAGAUUUGCAAGCGACAGAAGAAUUCGUUGCUGAACUUGAACAAGAGAUUGUUUCUCAAUCUGCGUGA